CAAGAUAUUGAUAGAAUGCAACUUGAACAUUUUUUAUUCCAACAUAUUUGGAAAUGUGAUUUUUCUUCUCCAAUCGAACAAAUACUUAAAGCUGGUGAUGCAAAAUUCUAUGGAAUAGAUAUUGCACCAGUAUUUCCCAAAGAAAUCAAACCGGAGAAUUUAGAAUUCAUCCAGUCAGAUAUCACUCAUGGUAUAAGAUUCGACGACAAUCAUUUUGACUUUGUACGAAUGAAUCUUAUGUCAACAUGUCUUCCAGAAGAUCAAUGGGUUCAUGUUAUUGAAGAGUUGGUGCGGGUAUUAAAACCUGAUGGUUAUAUUGAGAUAAUGGAACCUGAAUUCCAAUUUUAUAAUAUCGGUCCUUAUUUUUCUAAAUUGAAUUCAUGUGCUGUACAUGGUGGUAAAAUCGGUAAAAUAUAUGCUGAACUCUUAGGAAUGUAUUUCGAAAACACGGUUGUUGAUGUUCUACCUUGGUACAUGGGAAUGAGUCGUGAAAAUUAUCUGGAUAU